AUGGUGAACAAUAUGGAUCACGGUUUGCCCAAGUUUUCUCUUCUAGGUUAUGAUGAUUGGAAGAUCAUGAUGGAAGCACAUCUCUACGCUCUACAUGAUUGCAUGUGGAUGGUGCUUGAGGAUGGACCCUUGAAAAUCCAAAUGGAGAACCCUGAGAGGAAUCCAGCUGCUCCAGAUGUAGUCCAGUACAUUCCAAAGCCCAAAGAAAAAUGGGAUGAUAGAGAUUGCAAAAAGCACAAUCUGGACAACGUCUCCAAAGAAGCCAUCUUCAAGACACUUGAUCCCAUCACCUUCUCUAAGAUUAAGCAUCUCAAGACUGUCAUGGAGAUUUGGCAAGGUCUUGGGAAGCUAUGUGAGGGAUCAGAGGAUCUGAGAAAGCAGAAGAUAGAAGUCCUGCUUGAGAAGUUCAAAAGCUUCAAAAUACUUACCGGAGAAUCAUUUGAUAUGUUGGAUGAAAGAUUCCACAAAAUAUUGAAUGAUCUUGCUUCACUUAACCACAUUCUUUCUCCCAAAGAAAAGAAUGUAAGAACCUAUGAGCACGAGCUGAAGAAGAAGAAGGAAGAACAAGUCACUCCCUUCCCCACGGCAUUGAUGACAACUUCAAGAAUCCCAUCAAGUGAAGGGACAUGCACAAGAAACUGUGAAACACCUUCCUCCAGCCAUCCGUCAAGCUCAAAAAUGGAGAACUACGAUGAGGAAUUUGCCAUGAUGGUCAAACAAUUCCGGAAGUUCAAGAAGUUCUUCAAGAAGGCUGAUUCAAUCAGAAGGCCAUCCAAGGGAAAGCCACAGUCAGCGUGCCCGUACCCAAAAGUGGAGAAGUACGGAGAAAGAGAAAGGAUCGAGAAGAAAAAGAAGGCAAUGGUUGCUGCUGAAAGUGACGAGUCAUCCAUCUCAAGCUCGGAUGAAGAAGCUCUCGUCUGCAUGGAGCGCAGAGUUGAAAAGUCCAAUCAUGAGGAUAGGUGGACCAUGUCAGAAGAUGACACUCUCUGCCUAAUGGCCAAAGAUGAUGCUGAUCAAGAGGUAACCUCACAAACCUCCUGCGCAUCUUCUUAUGAAAGCAUACCAACUUCUGAAAAUCUUUUUGACCAGUUCAAAAAGAUGAUGAAAGACUUUGAGAAGAUAAAUCUCAAACAUUCUUCCUUAACAGAGGAGAACAAACUAUUGAGUGAAGAGAAUCUCAAGUUGACUGAAGGUCGGAAAAGUCAACUGAAUGAGAUCACUCAACUCAAGACUGAAAAUGAAUCUCUCUCUAAAAAGGUGAAAUCCCUUAACAAAGAACUAGGGACUCUUAAGUCAAAAGAGGCAGUGGAUAAGCUUCUUGAAACGACCAAACAUAAGGGUUUUGAAACGACCAAUAUACACGAGGCUAUACCUCUGAAAAUCUUUUUGACCAGUUCAAAAAGAUGAUGAAAGACUUUGAGGAGAUAAAUCUCAAACACUCAUCCUUAACAGAAGAGAACAAACUAUUGAGUGAAGAGAAUCUCAAGUUGACUGAAAGUCGGAAAAGUCAACUGAAUGAGAUCACUCAACUCAAGACUGAAAAUGAAUCUCUCUCUGAAAAGGUGAAAU